AUGGCUCCGCUUCCAGCAGUGCUCCCCCGGCCAGCCCCGUUCCCCGAAUUCAUCGAGGGCUCCGUGAUCGCGCCGGGACCCGCCGCGCCUCCAGUCCUACGGUACCCCGGAGGACCCCAAGUUCCCUCGUUCGCCGAAUUCAUGGCACCCCAAUUCGCUAAUGCUCCCUACAAAGUUCAGCCGCCGAUCCGAUGGACUUACGCAGCCACGGUGGGCCCUCUGGAAGUCCCCGGUCAACCGGCUACCAUCAACGCCGCCACCGCGAAUUUUGAGGACGAUUUGGAGCUUGCUGUCUAUCAUGCUCUUAACAGCAAGGGUAUCCCGCCAGCCUACGCCGAGAAGUUCACCCAUUCUGGGGUGGUGCCGCCGAAAAUCGACCUUGUAUUGACUGACAACCCUGCUGCGUGCAAGACUGCCAUCCCUCCUCUCGGCGGCGUCACUGGUAAAACGCUCACUACGGAUUGCGACACUGGAAACCCGUAUACGCUAUCCGGAUCUGUGAAGGUCAACUCCGGACUGGCGAUGGCAGAGAGCAUUUGGGAAGAGCUGGGUGCUAUGAUCCAAACCGAACUCGAAAAGAAGGGAGCCAUCUUUGUCGACGACUUCAUCGUCAAGUCAGGAGCUAAUGACGUCAAGGAAGCAAUCAUGGACGGAAUGGAAGUAUCCCUAUUCCGAGCGAUCGCUUCUAACGCUGUCUUGGUCACCGAGAAGGAGAUCUCUUACGAGAUUACUGGGCUUCCGGUCACUGGUCUGCUUGGGACUUGCGGAACAAAAAUUGGAGACGAUUUUCCAACGCUGCAAGAUGAAAACGGGUUCCUCGAUGAAUGCGAUCCUACUGACCCUCCUGCUCAUGUUGCCCUGGAGCUUUCUGGCACGAUCUUCAUCGAGCUGACGGAACCGGUGACGGAAAUCGUUUUCGCGGAAAUUAUCGAUGAUUUCCUCAUCAACCUGGCGAAGCGCAGCGCGAAGACCGACGGUAUCACCAUCAAGUACUUUGCA